AUGACAAGAAAUAGAACUAUACGGAAGAGCAGAACAUCUACCAAAACAGACAAGAAGAAUUCAACUCAUGAUAAAAAGUCGGACUAUCCAGCAAGCGAUGACAGUAGCAGACAGAUUGAUCAGCAGCAACAACAUGAAACGAACAGUGAAUUACCAGCAACACCACCAGCAGUAGCAAUAUUGAAGUACGACAGGAGUGACAAAGCUCCAUUCUUGGUACACAUCAAGCAAGAUGAUCAAUCUCAAAAGCCCAAAAGCUUAAUCGAAAUAACAAGAAUCUUAAGAAAAUGCAAUAUAAACCACAAUCUUAUUGAAUUUAUGUCAAGAGGAACGUGGCUUCUUACUUUCGAUCAGUAUGAUGAAGCAAAUAAAAUAAUAGAUAAUUAUUUAGUCAAGAAUCAUGGUUACUCAACCUUCAUCCCAAGAGCGAGAGUCAGCAGGAAGUGCGUCGUUCGAAGAAUCGCAAAAGAUAUCACCAAAGAAGAAUUUAUAGAAGAAGUCAACUCGUUUAAUCCUAGCUUGAAGGUCCUAGAUAUGUACAGAUUCACCAGAAGAAUUCAAGGAGAAAAUGGUCCAGAGAGAACAGAAACGGAAACGGUUUGUUUCACUGUAAAGGGUGCCAAUCUCCCACCCUAUAUAGUACUGUUUGCCACUCGUUCCAAAGUCACUCCAUAUAUCCCAGCAAUAAGACAGUGCUACAGAUGCGGAAAAAUUGGUCAUAUCAGCCGCUUUUGUAAAGAGGAAGAAAAGUGCUUAACAUGUGGGGAAAGUAAACAUGAAGAAAGCCUCGGGUGCACCAAACCACUUAAGUGUCGCAACUGUAAAGGAUCUCAUCGAACAAUCUCCAAGGACUGUGAAGAAAUAAUUAAGGCCAAAGAAAUUAGCAAAAUUAUGGCAUACGAAAAUCUACCCUUUAUACAAGCAAGAAGAAAAUAUGAAGGAAGAUCCUCUGCUAUGUCUUCAGCACCAACUAGAACUAUCGAAAAUUUCCCACAGCUAAAUUCUAGAACUCAAACCCAGAUACAAGAAAAUGUCGCUCUUCCAUUCUUUACCUUUCAAAAAUAG